CAAUGGGGAGAUACAGCUCGUGAAGAACUCCCCAGUACUAUGGCUGCCAUUAGGCUUUCGGGCAUGGAAAUAAGUGAUCUUACGCUGGAACUGAAUGACUUUGCGAAGCGUCGUUUUGAACCUGAAAAGAAGCCUCCUUUAUGCCCUCUGCUGCCGCCGAUUCGAACUGGGACGACGACGAUGACGUCGCUUUGGUGGAAUUGGGGGCGCAAAGCGUGAUUGAGCGGGAGGGCCUGGAAGUGGAGGUGAGAGAAACAGAGCUGAAUUUACAGCGCUGGAGAAGAGUGAUUGAAGAAGAAGAAAAAGAUGAUGAUGAAGUAUGAUUAUUAGGGUUGAAGGCACGAAUUGGAGGUGAGAGGUGCGAGAAAUGAACAGAUUUCAUUUCUGCCACCGAAAUUAGGAGCUCAGGAGCUUACUCCUAAGCCACUCCUAAGCUCCACAGUCAACUUGCCGCAAUUUCGGAUAAAUCAAGAAGGAAGAUGAAGAAGAAACACACGUGUGGAAAAAAAAAAAAAAAAUUUCUCGAAACCACACGUGAAAACUCAGAGGAAAUGAGACGUGGAGAUCCAAAACUACCCUCGCUGUUUCUGUAAUGUGUAGACUAAAAGCGACAAUAUCUAUUUACCGCUAUUCAUGGUUUGACCCCAAGGUCGUUUGUUGUGUGUGUUUGCCCUAUUUUGGUAUCUUCACGAGUUGGCCUCAAUAGUCUGUUGUCUUAUUCUCAUUGGUCCUUGUUCAGUUGCGAAAUUGCAAAAUAGCCACACUGAAGGAACACGGGGAAGAACUGUCGGUAAACGUGUGCAAAUUCCAACUUCAAAGGGGGGGCCCGAAGGAGCCAAAUUGUCUUUCAACUCUCUCGCUCUCACACUGGGACUGGUCUACUCUACUUCCCUCCCCUGCUGCUACUUUGAUCCCACUCUGCGUUUGGUUAACUGGUAACUCUCUCUCUCUCUCUCUCUGAUUUUCCAAGCCUCUGUUUGGUCUCCGAGAAAUCGAAAAGGAAAAAUAAAUCAACUUUCGUCUAAAAGAUGGGACCUUCCUUCCUGGCAACCAGAAAAGUUUGUAUCUUGGGUUCAAUGGAGGGAGGCUAUUAGGUUUCUGUCAUUUCCAAUUUAUCUCAAAUUCAGAACUUUACUUUCUUUUUUAAUGUUUGCGGCUUUUAAUCAGUAGUUACAACUCUAAGCAUAUUAAAUGCGGUCGUUUAUUCUGAUUGGUUUUACCAUUUUGGUCAUAGAAGCCUAUACGCCAAAUUGACUAUAUGCAUGAGAUAGAAUACACAAGUAACACAACAAGAUGUUCAAUGUAUUGUCUACUUGUACAAAUUUAGGUAACUGUCAAUGUCUUUUCGAUUUACAUAGUACCAAGUUUAUUGAAAUUGGUAAAAAUGGGACCGUGUAGUAAAUGGUGCAGCAUCCUAUGUCCUUGUAGAUCUAACCAGAGGAUUGGCUUUUAGAGGAAGCCAUGUUGCAUGAAAUGGUGGUUGAAAAAUUGAGUGUGUGAUUCAUUUGAUGAGACCAAGUUUAUUGAAAUUGGUAAAAUUGGGACCAUGUAGUAAAUGGUGCAGCAUCCUAUGUCCUUGUAGAUCUAACUAGAGGAUUGGCUUUUAGAGGAAGCCAUGUUGCAUGAAAUGGUGGUUGAAAAAUUGAAGAUAAUUGUAAAAGCUUUGUUUUUCACGUUGAACCAACUGCCUAUUAAUGGGUAGAAUGUGAUUCAUUUGGUGAGUGCAUGUAAUAGUUGAAACAUGGGUGUUUGAGAGAAAAGAACUCUUGGGAAAUACUGUGAGCCGCACAGGUUAUGGUUUGGGUUAUGUUGAUUUAACUCAAGUGUGUCUUGUACUGUUAUUGUUCUCAUGGUAAUGUAGUCACGUAGGCAGGAUUUUGCCAAACCUCAUAAAUCUCUUGUGCACUAUCUUUAUUCCUUGGUUUAUUUUAUUCUGCUCAAGUGUUGUUUGCAUUUUGGUGUGAUUAUUUCUGAAUCUUGAUUUACCACGGUUAAAAAGCACCAAAGUAUUGUGAUUUUCUAAUAUUCAAGCAUUGGUUUCUUGACUAUUUGCCUUCUUUUUUUGUUGUAAUUUUCGAACUGCCGUGUGUGCACUGUAUGCAUUUUGUUUAUGACUAAUAUCUGCCAGACAAGUGAUUAUUCAAUUUUGAGGGUUUGGUUUUAGAUGUUAAUGCGUGAUACCAUAAGAAAUUUAGUCUUGAUCCUUUGCAUAGUUGUUCCUAUUGCAUUGGAUCAAAAUUUUACAAUGCUAAGUUGGGUUUCGACGGAAGGAAAUGUGACUCUGUCAAUGGAGAUCAUUCUAAAAGUAGAAAAGCCACACCUGCUGUUAAGCAUACUAUGCUGGAACUCAAUCUUUAUAUGAUUGUGGUUAUAGGUUAAUAGGCUGAACUACAUUUUAAGGCAUGAUUUUUCAGUGGUUCCAUGUUUUAACUUCAGGAGUUUGAACUAAAGUUUGUUUAUUAAUUAACAGGUCAAGUAGGUUUUAGCAGAACUCGGCAGUUGUACAUGGUUCUAGGAUGGAGAAAAGCAAUGGCAAUAAAGCAACCCAGAUUUUUUGGAGCAUAGUUAGUUUCUUGAGGAGAUGUCUUUUUCUUGUAAUUUCUGUUCGUCCUAUACCUCAUCACAUUGCAUUCAUCAUGGAUGGAAAUCGAAGAUAUGCUAAAAAGCGGAAGUUGAAGGAAGGGGAUGGACAUAGGGUUGGGUUUUUGGCUCUGAUGUCCAUGCUCAAGUUUUGUUAUGAGUUGGGGGUUAGAUAUGUGACUAUAUAUGCCUUUAGUAUUGAUAAUUUCAAAAGGGACCCUGAAGAAGUUCAAUCCUUGAUGGACCUGAUACAGGAGAAAAUUGAAGGGUUAAUCAAGGAAGAAAGCAUAGUUAACCGCUAUGGAAUUAAGGUACACUUUAUAGGGAACCUAAAACUCUUGAGUGAACCUGUUAGGUUGGCAGCUGAGAGGGCUAUGGAGGCCACUGCCAACAACUCCAGAGGAGUUCUGUCAAUAUGUAUUGCCUACACUUCCACUGAUGAGAUUGUGCAUGCUGUUCAAGAAUCGUGCGAAGAAAAAUCAGAUGAAAUUAGUGUAAUGAAUGCAAGUGGAGCUGGGUAUGGUCUACUUCAACUUGGAGGGAAUGAAAAGGAAGAAAGGGAGAACAUUGUAAAAUUGACAGAUAUUGAAAAGCAUAUGUACAUGACUGUUGCACCUGACCCUGAUAUUCUAAUCCGUACUUCUGGCGAGACCCGGUUGAGCAAUUUUCUUUUGUGGCAGAGUGCACACUGUUAUUUGUACUCUCCAUCUGUGCUCUGGCCAGAGAUUGGUUUCCGGCAUUUCACUUGGGCGAUCUUGAGCUUUCAGCGUAGCUACUUUUAUCUGGACAGAAAAAGGAAACAGUCAUAAUUUUGUUUAUUGAUGUAUUUUCACGUUUGGUCUACUUGUUUCUGAAUUUCUAACCUCGCUAACAAAUACAGAUUAGAUGCAGGCUUGAAGCAUUUUUCAGUGCCCCGGCCUGUAGUUCUUACAUUGUAAACAUUAGUCUGCUGUAUUGUAAGAAUAAUUUGCUUCCCUGUGUGGUUGCUUUGCUGAGUACUUGCAUUAUGAUCAUCUGGUCAUGGUUUA